GCACACACCAAGGGACGCAGCGAGCGCAGAGCCGCCGCGGGCCGCGGGGCGCCCCCCUGCCGCCCCAUGCUGUGCUCCAUGGCGAACUCGGGCUGCCUCCUGCUGUCCAACUCUGGCAGCAUGCUCCCGCACUCCGUGCCCUGCCCGCCCGCCUUCCUCUACCUCCAACAGAGCGAUCAGGACGCCACGGCUCCGCCUGAAGCGAUGGCCCAGCCCUACCCCCCCGCCCAGUACGGACAGAAUGGCAUCCCCGCCGAGUACGCCCCACCCCCGCCACACCCCACGCAGGACUACCCCGGCCAGACCCCGGUGCCCCCGGAGCACGGCAUGACCCUGUACACACCAGCACAGACCCACCCUGAGCAGCCGGGCACCGAGGCCAGCACACAGCCCAUCGCCGGGACCCAGACAGUGCCGCAGACAGACGAGGCGGCACAGACGGACAGCCAGCCGCUGCACCCCUCCGACCCCACAGAGAAGCAGCAGCCCAAGCGGCUGCACGUCUCCAACAUCCCCUUCCGGUUCAGGGACCCCGACCUGCGGCAAAUGUUCGGGCAAUUCGGAAAAAUUUUAGACGUGGAGAUCAUUUUUAACGAGCGGGGCUCCAAGGGUUUUGGGUUUGUAACUUUUGAAACUAGCUCAGAUGCUGACCGAGCCCGGGAGAAGCUGAAUGGGACGAUCGUAGAGGGACGGAAAAUUGAGGUCAAUAAUGCCACAGCCCGAGUCAUGACCAACAAGAAGACGGGGAACCCCUACACCAAUGGCUGGAAGCUAAACCCCGUGGUCGGCGCAGUCUACGGGCCUGAAUUCUAUGCAGUGACGGGGUUCCCCUACCCCACCACGGGCACAGCCGUUGCCUACCGGGGCGCGCACCUACGCGGCCGGGGCCGGGCCGUGUAUAACACCUUUCGGGCCGCACCGCCCCCGCCCCCCAUCCCGACUUACGGAGCGGUCGUGUAUCAGGAUGGAUUUUAUGGUGCUGAGAUUUAUGGAGGCUAUGCAGCCUACAGAUACGCCCAGCCGGCCGCAGCAGCAGCAGCCUACAGCGACAGUUACGGCAGAGUGUACGCAGCCGCCGACCCCUACCACCACACCAUCGGCCCCGCGGCCACCUACAGCAUCGGAACCAUGGCUAGCCUCUGCCGAGGAGGGUACAGCCGCUUCACCCCCUACUAGCAAGAGACCCAGCCCCUAACAGCAUUCACACUGACUGCCUCUUACACACCAAACCCAACAGUCCAAACACCAGGCACAGCCACCAGGAAGACAGUGCGCCCCUCCCGGUCAGCGACACGCGCCGCUGACCCUCCGCGACUCUAAAAUCCAUACAUUUUUAUCUCCAGCCAGCUGGUCUCCCCGCCCCACCCGUGAUGGCGUGUGUGUCUUUGACCCUG